AUGAGUGAGAUAAGCCAAGAUGCUGUAGAGAAAUACCUUGAGGAAAACCCUUGCUUUGCCAAGGAAUACUUCAAUAAGAAGCUGCGGGUGGAGGUGCUGGGAGGAAUCUUCCAGAACAGCCCGUUGGCCAUCACGACCAGUGCCUCCUUCUCAGAACUCAGCCAGGUGGAGGAGUCGGCUGUGUGCUGGGAGCUGCUCCUUUUGAUGCAGGAGGAGGCCAGCAGCAUGGAGUCGGUGGUGCACAGGGCCCUGCAGAGGCUGGCCCAGCUGCUGGGGGCUGACCGCUGCAGCAUGUUCCUGUGCCGGGCCCGCAACGGCACACCUGAGGUGGCCUCCAGGCUGCUGAACGUCACCCCAGCCUCCAAGUUUGAGGACAGCCUGGUGGGCCCCGGAAAAGAAGUGGUAUUUCCAUUGGACAUUGGGAUUGUGGGCUGGGUUGCUCACACGAAGAAAGCCCUCAAUGUCCCAGAUGUGAAAAAGAACAGUCAUUUUUCGGACUACAUGGAUAAGCGCACUGGAUACACCACCAGGAACCUGCUGGCAACCCCGAUCGUGAUGGGCAAGGAGGUGCUUGCUGUGGUCAUGGCACUGAACAAAGAAAACACAUCUGAAUUCCUCAAACAGGAUGAAGUGGUCUUUUCCAAAUACCUCAAUUUUGUUUCCAUCGUCCUAAAGCUGCAUCAUACCAACUACCUGUAUAGUGUGGAGUCCCGAAGAAGUCAGAUCCUGAUGUGGUCAGCCAGUAAAGUAUUUGAAGAGCUCACCGACAUUGAGCGGCAGUUUCACAAAGCCCUCUACACAGUUAGGACCUAUCUCAACUGUGAACGAUACUCCAUUGGACUGCUGGACAUGACCAAAGAGAAGGAAUUCUAUGAUGAAUGGCCAAUCAAGCUUGGAGAAGCUGAACCUUAUAAAGGCCCAAAGACACCGGAUGGCAGAGAAAUUAUCUUUUAUAAAAUCAUUGAUUACAUUUUACAUGGGAAAGAAGAGAUCAAAGUGAUCCCGACACCUCCUGCAGACCACUGGACUCUUGUUAGUGGGUUGCCUACCUAUGUUGCUGAAAACGGAUUCAUUUGUAACAUGCUGAAUGCCCCAGAAGAUGAAUACUUCACGUUUCAGAAAGGGCCCGUGGAUGAAACUGGCUGGGCCAUUCAAAACGUCCUGUCCCUGCCCAUUGUCAACAAGAAAGAAGACAUUGUGGGAGUAGCCACGUUUUACAACAGGAAGGAUGGAAAACCGUUUGAUGAAUAUGAUGAGCACAUCACUGAGACUCUCACACAAUUUCUUGGAUGGUCUCUUUUAAAUACGGACACCUAUGAUAAAAUGAAUAAACUAGAAAACAGAAAAGACAUUGCUCAGGAAAUGCUCAUGAACCACACCAAAGCUACUCCUGAAGAAAUUGAGUCUAUAUUGAAAUUUAAAGAGAAGCUAAAUAUAGAUGUAAUUGAAGACUGUGAAGAAAAACAACUCAUCACAACCUUAAAGGAAGACUUGCCAGAUGCAAAGCAAGUCGAGCUGUACGAAUUCCACUUCAGCGACUUCCCCAUGACCGAGCACAGUUUGGUUCAGUGUGGACUGCGCCUGUUCUUUGAAAUCAAUGCAGUGGAGAAAUUCAAAGUGCCCGUAGAGGUUCUUACCAGAUGGAUGUACACGGUGAAAAAAGGCUACCGCUCCGUCACGUACCACAACUGGAGGCACGGAUUCAACGUUGGGCAGACCAUGUUUACUUUGCUGAUGACAGGAAGACUGAAGAAAUACUACACGGACCUUGAAGCCUUUGCCAUGCUCGCUGCUGCUUUCUGCCAUGACAUUGACCACCGAGGCACCAACAAUUUGUAUCAGAUGAAAUCCACAUCUGCACUGGCCAGGCUUCACGGCUCGUCCAUCCUGGAGCGCCACCACCUAGAAUACAGUAGGACUCUCCUGCAGGAUGAGACUUUAAACAUCUUCCAGAACCUAAAUAAACGCCAGUUUGAAACAGUCAUUCAUUUGUUUGAAGUUGCAAUAAUAGCAACUGACCUGGCUUUGUAUUUCAAGAAGAGAACCAUGUUUCAAAAACUUGUUGAUGCCUGUGAAAAAAUGGAAACGGAAGAAGCCAUCAAAUACAUAACCGUCGAUCCAACCAAAAAAGAGGUCAUCAUGGCAAUGAUGAUGACUGCGUGCGACUUAUCUGCUAUCACCAAGCCCUGGGAGGUACAAAGCCAGGUUGCCCUUCUGGUCGCAAGUGAAUUUUGGGAGCAAGGAGAUCUGGAGAGGAUGGUGCUACAGCAACAACCCAUUCCUAUGAUGGACAGAAACAAAAAAGAUGAACUGCCUAAACUUCAAGUUGGAUUUAUUGACUUUGUCUGUACUUUUGUAUACAAGGAAUUCUCCCGGCUUCACAAAGAAAUCGCACCUAUGCUGGAUGGUCUUCAGAAGAACCGAGCCGAAUGGAAAUCCCUAGCGGAUGAGUAUGAUGAAAAGAUGAAGGCGAUUGAAGAGGAAGUGAAGAAGCAGGAAGAUGGAAAAACAAUAGGAAAAGCUGCAGAAGAUUCAGGAGGAGGUGGUGGUGACAGAAAGUCUAAAACAUGUCUAAUGCUGUAA